AUGGCGCAGCCACUCAAUGUGUCAUUGGAUCUUCCAGAUUUUGAGGUUGCUGAUUUAUUGAUUGAAGGUGGAAGGUCUUGGAAUGUGUCUCUCUUGGGUGAUUUGUUUGACUCUAAUUCAGCUCAACACAUUCAAAAAAUUCAUUUAUCUCAAGAAGUUUUUAGUGAUAGGUGGACAUGGGCUGCUUCUCCGAAGGGGCUGUUUUCUGUUAGGUCAGCUCAUGAAUUAGCCUCUCAGGAUUUGGCUUCCCGUUCUUCUCCUCUCUCUCCUGAAGAUUGGUCAUGUCUUUGGGGUUUGAAGUUGCAGCAUAGGUUAAAACAUCUUCUUUGGAAGUUGGCGUGGAAUAUUCUUCCUGUGCGUGCUUCUUUGGCCAGAUUUGUUAACUCAUUUGAUUUGGAUCCUUGGUGUUGCCCAUUCUGCAAAGGCCCUCAAGAAUCUCUCUCUCACAUUAUGCUUGAGUGCUCAUUUGCUAAGAUUUUAUGGAGGAGCUCUCCCUGGCCCCUUCUUACUGAUGCUUUUUGUGAGCAGCCUUUUGCAGAUUGGAUUGUGGCUAUUUUGAGGCCUCAUCAGAAGCUUGCAAUUCCCAUUCAGGAAGUCCGUAAGUUCCAACUUCAUGCUGCCAUCACCAUGGAUCAUAUAUGGUUUUCCAGGAACCAGCUUGUCCAUCAAGCUCUUAAUCCUUCCCCUAUGCAGUCUCUCUUACUGAUUGCUUCUACCAUAGCGGAUCAUCGUAAAGCAUGGACUAAUUCCAAUUUGUCCUCCAUUUGGUCUCCUCCUCUGCCAGGUACCACCAAGGCAAAUUUUGAUGUGGCUUUAUCUUCAGAUUUUGCAGUGGCUGCCACAGUCAUAAGUGAUUCAAAUGGUAAUAUCAUUGGAGCUGCUACUAAGAAAAUUCUUACGAAGGAUGUCGCCUUAGGUGAAGCUCAUGCAGCCCUUUUGGCGGUCCAUACUGCAGUUUCUUGUGGUGCUUACUCUCUCAUCCUUGAAGGGGAUGCCCUCAAUGUAGUCCUUGCUAUUCAACAACUCCAGCUGUUUGCGGGUUGGAAUUUUUCUAAUGUUGUUUAUGAUAUUUCUUUGUAUUUACAUUCUUUCUUUAGCUGGAAGGUUGAGAAAGUUUCUAGGAGUGCUAACUUUAGAACACACUGUUUGGCUAAAUGGGCUGCUUCUCACCUAGUGUUUGGAAGCAUUCCCAUAGGAUCAUCCAUUCUCUCAUCCAUACGGAUCAAGAGUGGUAAAGAUCCCCCCUUGUAA